AUGAGAAGCUUUGAGGGUUAUGGCGAAAGCACCACAAAAUAUCUGCAAUAUGAACCAGUCGACGAGGACGAUGGAACUCAAAUUCUUAACAUGGAUUCCGAUAUCAAAGAAAGGUCUUCCGCGCAGAUGGCUAGUCUCGCAUCCUUUCGAAAUGAGGACCUACCUUGCAUCAUCAUCAAAAUGCCCGCCGAUAUAAUUACAGCUAUUAUGGGUGAACUCACACCCUGCAUGUGCGCCUGUCUGGGAGUUAUUUGUAAAGAUAUGUACCAGUACUUCAAAUACGUCAACCCAAAGCUAGUCGACUUAUCUGAGAGAGCGGGCUCGGGAUUCCAAAAUAAACCUCUCCAUAUGCUUCUCAAGACUUGGAUCGGCCCCCAGUAUCGCCGUGGAGUUUUGGUACCCCAUCAUUAUCUUCUCAAAUCCGUGUAUGGAGAAUUCCAAAAAUUUCCAGGUGAUAGGAAGGAACUUGAAUUGGCGCACAGAUACUUGGAUUAUCGUCGAUCUACUGAGCCUAUGAUCAUGGAAGAUAGAAAGAUGCGCAUCUUUCCAUUUGUACUAUCAAAUCCAUGCAACAAAGGGGACAGCUGGAAUGAGGAAGCUCUUGAAGUCAUGAGGGAAGACCUUAAAUCACGCCUUGAUGAUGUUCAGCCAUGGUUUCAUUUUUGGAAUAACUAUCAUGUGUUUGGAUUAGAUGAAUGUCGACAUUAUAAAUAUCUUCUUAUCUGGCGAAAGCAGUGGAUCUUAGAUAUGUCUUGGUCUAAUUAUGCUGAGUGGAGGGAUGCGAUAGGAUUUUGA